CCCACAAUGACUGUGAAGACUUGAAAACUAAUGAUAGAACGUCUCCGUUGUGUUGUUUGUGGAGUAACGGAUACUCCUUUGUGGAGAAGUGGACCAAAGGGACCUAAAACUCUAUGUAACGCUUGUGGGGUGCGUUGGAAAAAAGGAAAGUUGUAUAUAGAUGGAAAACAAGCUUCGCCACCGGUAACUACUCGUUUGAUAGAGAAAGUUACACAUAAGCAAGCAAGGGCCCAUCGACUGACCAGUAUUAAAUCCCAAGUUCAAAGUCACUAUUUUCCCUACCAAGGCUCCUCUACAGUGCAAGAUGGAGAAUCAGAAACUUCCAAAUAUGAGGCUUUCUUGAAAACCCCAACUGCUGCAGCUAUUGCUUAUGCGGCCUCCAAGUCUUUUAGAAACAGUUGUCGGAACAGAGUGGUGGUGACUAAGGAAGAGAACGAAGUAAACAAAAAGGUCAUAGACGAGCAAGGUACUCAGAACACAAGUUGCAUGACUGUAAGAAGAGACCAUUCUAUAGAUGAUGACGAAAAGAGAAGUUGUUGGUUCUUGUCGGGUUUGUAUUCAGAAAGUGACAACGAGUUGGAAGGCUCCCCUGUACUUAUUGAGUUGGAUGCAGACUCACUUCCUGCAGAAGAGCGAGGCUCUUUUCGGAAAGAGUCUUCUGUAUGGACCCAACGUUAUCGGGGCAAGGCAAACAAGUGGAGUUCCAUUUUCAAGAAGGAUACAGCUCGUCCUUUCUGCAGGCGGAGAAAAGAUACUAAGAGUAUCAGACGGCAGACCGAGUACAAGUUUAGAUUAUUAUUGGAUGCUGCCAAGGCGGUAGGAAUGGAAGUGUAAUAAGUUGUCUGUAUAUAAGAGUGUGUAUAAAGGAGAUGGAAUUAUGGAAGCAAACAAGUUUGCUAUCCGUUCUUGUGAAAUUUCAUUUGUAUUAUUUGGAUAAAAAAUUAAUGUAGUUUGUAUUUUCUAUGAAAGUUUGCUCAUAUAAAAAAUCGUGGACUUUU